UACGUAGGAUAUUCAUGUGGUCUCUUUUUCCCCUACGAGUUUACGCAAACAAAGAAAAAACGACCACACUGGAAAAAAAAAAAAAAGGCUAUGAACUAUCUUGAGCUCUGAUUGCGAUUGUUUGUUUAGUCUCGUUCAAGGCACGAGUUAUGUAUUUACUUACCCAAUAAAAAAUCCCACAGCAUUCGUGCAGAUUAUACCAUAAUUUACGUCUCUUUAUUGGUUCCUCGAGAUUUUUUCUUGGUCCCAACCAAAUGUUUUUUGGUUUCAGGUGUGCCUCGAGUCAAAGCAGAGUUCUUGGAAGCACUUUGAUUAAAGGCAUUUUGAAUUUAUUGCAGUUUGAUUUACUUGAUAAGCAUUUUAUUGAUGGGAACUUCUGAGGCAGUUCUGCAAGUUUUGUUUUCUGGUCCUCGCAUUUUAAGUUCUGAUCCAUGUGCUAACAAUUUAGAUUUCAGAUUUGUUUCCAAAUUCCACAUUAAAUGUGUAAAGAAAAGGGCCUUAAGGGAUAAGCAAAUGUUCAACUGUACUAGUUUUCUGCAGAAUCACAUAAGAGUCCAUCGGUUUAAGACGACAGCUGACUAUGGUUUGUUUGGGAAUACAACAGUUGACAGAUUGCAGCUGCUGAGUUGUAAAUGCCAGCAAGCAGAAAAUGUUAGCGGUUUAACUGCAGAAGAUGGAAAUGGAACAUGGUUUGUAGAGAGUGCAAGGGCAUUACACCUUAAUGGUGUGGUAAAUUCUCCAAAUGUUUUGGAGUUUGGAAAUGUCCAGCAGUCAAAACAAGAAAAUGGCAAUUUAACAUCUAAUGGUACAGUUAAACAGGAAAAUGAGAAUUUGCCAACUAAUGGUGCACUGGGAAUAGGUAAAGAUACCUCUCCCAAGGUUAUCAUAGAUUCUAUUGAAGAUGAAGCUUGGGACCUAUUGCUCAAUUCCAUGGUUUAUUAUUGUGGCAGUCCGAUUGGAACAAUUGCUGCCAAUGAUCCUACUAGUUCCAGUGUGUUAAAUUAUGAUCAGGUCUUCAUUAGAGACUUUAUAUCUUCUGGUAUUGCAUUUCUUUUGAAGGAAGAGUAUGAUAUUGUUCGGAAUUUCAUCCUUCACACACUUCAGUUGCAGAGCUGGGAGAAAACAAUGGACUGUCACAGUCCCGGUCAGGGAUUGAUGCCUGCUAGUUUCAAGGUGCGUACAGUUCCUUUAGAUGGUGAUGACUCAACAACUGAAGAGGUAUUGGAUCCUGACUUUGGAGAGGCAGCAAUAGGUCGUGUUGCACCAGUUGACUCUGGUUUAUGGUGGAUUAUCUUAUUACGUGCAUAUGGAAAAUGUUCUGGUGAUCUCUCAGUUCAGGAGAGGAUUGAUGUGCAGACUGGAAUUAAGAUGAUUCUGAGGCUAUGUCUUGCUGAUGGUUUUGACAUGUUCCCAACAUUGUUGGUGACAGAUGGUUCUUGCAUGAUAGAUCGCCGUAUGGGAAUUCAUGGGCAUCCUCUAGAAAUCCAGGCACUUUUUUAUUCAGCACUACUUUGUGCUAGAGAGAUGCUUGCUCCUGAGGAUGGAUCGGCUGAUCUCAUCCGAGCUUUGAACAAUCGUCUAGUUGCUUUGUCAUUCCAUAUCAGAGAAUAUUAUUGGAUUGAUUUAAGAAGACUAAAUGAGAUUUAUUGUUACAAGACUGAAGAGUACUCUUAUGAUGCAGUUAAUAAGUUCAACAUUUAUCCAGAUCAGAUUUCUCCUUGGUUGGUGGAAUGGAUGCCCUACCAGGGGGGCUAUCUAAUUGGGAACUUGCAACCAGCGCAUAUGGAUUUUAGAUUCUUCUCUCUUGGAAACUUAUGGUCUGUUGUAAGUGGUCUUGCAACAAUAGAUCAGUCACAUGCCAUAUUGGAUCUCAUUGAAGCCAAGUGGACAGAUCUGGUAGCAGACAUGCCAUUGAAGAUAUGUUGUCCUGCUCUUGAAGGCCAGGAAUGGCAGAUUAUCACAGGCAGUGAUCCUAAGAACACGCCUUGGUCUUACCACAAUGCAGGUUCUUGGCCGACUCUUCUUUGGCAGCUGACAGUUGCAUGCAUAAAGAUGAAUAGACCGGAAAUUGCUGCCAGAGCUGUUGAAGUUGCUGAAAGACGCCUAUCAAGAGACAAGUGGCCAGAAUAUUAUGAUACUAAAAGAGCAAGAUUCAUUGGAAAACAAGCACAUCUGUUCCAGACAUGGUCAAUCGCUGGAUACCUUGUGGCAAAGCUCUUACUUGCAGACCCAUCUGCAGCUAAGAUGCUGGUAACUGAGGAGGAUCCCGAGCUUGUCAAUGCCUUCUCUUUCAUGAUCACUGCCAACCCAAGAAGAAAGCGUGGAAGAAAGAAUACGAAACAGACCUACAUAGUAUGAGUGUCUGAGCUGCAUGUAGACCCCUAUUUUGUGAUGAGUAUGUGCAUUAAGGCCGUGCGAAACCCGAUGAUGAAAAAUUAUAUGACUGUAAGAUGUAAUUGGAGGCAUGGAGCUGAAUUAUUAAUUCCGUGGCAUGAUCUUGAAAAAAUAAAAAUAAUAAUAAAGUUUUGGAGAAAUUAAUUUAAUUAAAUUUAAAUAAAAUUUUAUUUUGUUUAAAUUUAAUAUGGGUAGUUCUUAAAUGGAUCUAAUUAAGUUUAAUUGGGCUCCAUGAACCUAAGAAAGUCUAGUUGGAAAUUUUAAAUGGGACCCAUUUAAUUAUUUUCUGAAAAUUAAAAUAAUAAAAUAUCUCUCUCCUCCUUGGCCCCACUCUCUUCCUCACUCCCUAUUGGUGUCUUCCAUUUUUUCCUGUCUUCCUAUUGGUUGAAACACCUCACCCAUAUCCCAGUUUUAUUCGAAUUCUGUAAUCGUAGUUGUUUAAGUCAUCUAAACUUUAUCACUCUAAGACUCCAAAUCCUACCACACCUCUUCCUCAUUCCCUAUUGGUGCCUUCCAUUUUUUUCUGUCUUCCUAUUGGUUGAAACACCUCACCCAUGUCCCAGUCUUAUUUGAAUUCUGCAAUCGUAGUUGUUUAAGUCAUCUAAACUUUAUCACCCUAAGACUCCAAAUCCUACCACACCUCUUCCUCACCUCUUCCUCAUUCCCUAUUGGUGCCUUCCAUUUUUUCUUGUCUUCCUAUUGGUUGAAACACCUCACCCAUAUCCAGUCUUAUUUGAAUUCUGCAAUUGUAGUUGUUUAAGUCAUCUAAACUUUAUCAUCCUAAGACUCCAAACCCUAUCACACCUCUCUCCCAAAACCCUAUAAGUACCCUACUAGAGAAGGGAAGAAGGGAUGAUGGGAGGAAAGAGGAAGAGAAAAUUCAGAGCUAUAAGAAAUUUAGAGAUAUUUAAGACUCUUUGAGUUCUUCCUUUUUUUUUUUUUCAAGAAGAUUUUCAUACAAGAUUUCUGGAAGGUCAGUUUUUAUUGUUUUCUUUUCAAGAUCUAUGCCACGCAAUAUUUUAAUUCUAUGCUCUUUGUCUUCAAUUUAUUUUAUAUGUUCAUAUAGAUCAUGUAAUCAUGUUUAAUUUGAGGGGGAUACACAACUCUG